AAAUCGACAAAGAGUAUCUCAAACAAGAUGAAUCCCAGAGCCUUAAGUUAUAUUUAAGAAGGACCUUGGUCUCCAAUGCAUACAUAUCUUCCACCAAAAUCUCUAGGCACUAGCACGUACUAAGCUCCCUUCUACUCCAACAAUGGUGCUCAAGCUGCAUGGACUUUCUGUGUCGAUUUCCACAGCUCGCGUCGUCGCUUGUCUCCAUGAAAAAAGCGUUGAUUUCGAGCUUGUCCCCGUUGAUCUCUUCGCCUGCGAAAACAAGCAGCCUGAAUUUCUAGCCAAGAAUCCCUUUGGCAAAGUUCCAGUACUAGAAGACGAUGACAUCACACUUUUCGAAUCUAGGGCAAUCACAGCAUAUGUAGCUGAGAAAUUCAAGGAAACGGGACAUGAUCUCAUUCGUCAUGAAAACUUGAACGAAGCUGCGUUGGUGAAGGUAUGGACAGAAGUGGAAUCCCAACAAUACAACCCUGCAAUUGAUCCAAUUAUUUUCGAGUUUUUCACAAAGCCUGUUGUAGGAAUGGAACCAGAUCAAACAGUGAUCGAUGCAAGUUUGGAGAAGCUGAAGAAGGUGCUUGACGUGUACGAAGCCAGGCUGAGCAACAAGAAGUUCCUUGCUGGUGAUUUCUACAGCCUAGCUGACCUUCACCACUUUCCGGGCACUUUUUAUUUCAUGAAGACGCCUUGGUCUUCGUUGGUCAACGAUCGUCCUCACGUCAAGGCGUGGUGGGAGGAGAUUUCAGCUAGGCCUGCCUCCAAGAAAGUGGCUGAGGGUAUGAAUUUUGGUGAAGUUUGACUGGUUCUGCUAUGUGUUAUUUGAGACGAAUGUUUUCGUUCAUAUCUUCGUUGUACUACUAAGGUUUAAGCUUGCAUUCUUCCGACUUGUUAAGUGAGAAUAUUGGAUGGGUAAAAAGCAAGCUAUACAAAUCGACAAAGAUUGAAGCUUUGACUCAA